AUGGAAAAGCUGAAGAAAACACGUGCAGUCGUGAGGACGUCGUUUACUCGCAAUUGGGGACUCCUGAAUACAGAAUUGGCGAGAGGAACACCGCAAUUACAAGAGAUACAAGUACGCUUCGCGUUAGUAAGAGAAAAAGCGAACGAACUUGAGGAACUUAACCAAAAAAUUUUCGAGGUUAUGAUUAACGACGACGCGAGUGAUGAGCUGCUUAUGAGUGAGACUGAGGCAUCCGACGAAUACCGAGUAAAGUAUCAACAAGCCAAGGUUGCAGUAAACAAUAUAGUAGACCCUACGCAACCGGCGGUUCCGGCACAGAAUAUCGCUCAGACAGGGCAGGCUAAUAGAGAUAACGCACGCACCUUUAAAUUGCUUAAAAUAGAACUGCCGAAAUUUAGUGGAGAGCUUAAAGACUGGCUGCAAUUUUGGAGCCUAUUCAAAAACAUCCAUGAAGAUUCGUCGAUCACCAAGAAAGAUAAAUUUCAAUAUUUAAUACAGGCAAUGGUGAAAGACUCGCGAGCAUAUGAAUUGGUUAAUAGUUUCCCACCGACAGCGAUAAAUUAUGAUAAGGUAAUUACGAGCCUGAAAAAUCGAUUUGGUAGAGAAGAUUUACUUGUAGAAGUUUAUAUACGUGAAAUGCUUAAAUUAGUACUAAGUAAUACUAAUACGUUUUUAUCGAGAGUUUAUGAUAGACUCGAGUCUCAGUUGCGAGCUUUGGGAUCGUUAGGAGUCACAACGGAGAUGUGUGCGGCGAUGCUCUACCCGCUGGUGGAAUCAUCACUUCCGGAAGAUCUCCUACGCAUAUGGGAAAGGAAUCCCAAGGCUAUUAACGCAACCACAUCAAAACAACGUCUCAAAGAAUUAAUGCUUUUCCUUCAAGCCGAAGUGUUAAGCGAGGAAAGAAUUGCCAUGGCGGUAAGCGGAUUUGGCCUGAAUGAGGAACAAGCUGCAAAUUCUGACAAAUCAAAGAAGAAAGGGAAGGCUGAGUCUAAAGCGAUACCUACCGCUGCCGGACUUCUUUCGACGAAGGAAGACAAGCAUGUCUGCAUCUUCUGCGGACAAAAUCACGAGAGCGCUUCGUGUGGAAAGGCGAAGAAAAUGUCUUACGAAGAAAGACAGAAGAUUGUGAAAGAGAAAAGUGCCUGUUUUUAUUGUUUAAAAACAGGGCACAGUUUUAAAUUCUGUCGAUACAAGGAAAAAUGCGCAUGGUGCGGCAAGAAACAUGUAUUGCUCAUGUGUUGCAAUAUGACAACGAGUGCGACCUCGGAAAGUCACCCGGAAGAACUUGUCAAGACGCAGGAGCAAGCCAAUUUCGCGAACAUUUCACUCGAUUGUGAGGUGUUUUUACAAACUAUUCGUGUGAAGCUGGUCAAUCAAGGAAGAGAACGAAUAAUCAGAGCCAUCUUUGAUACAGGAUCACAUAAAUCAUACGUACUCAAUUCUCACGCUGAAAAAUUAGGAUUUGAGAUUGUAGGUGAACAAGAGAUUGUACACAUGUUAUUCGGCGGCUCGAAGACGAAACCGCAGUCACAUAAGGGAUACCGCAUCCAUAUACAAAGUUUGGACGGCUCAUUUUCUUGUAAUUUCGUGGCAUUAAAUCAUCGUAUAAUUUGUCAAAGCGUCCCUUCUGUAGGCAAAGGACCAUGGUUGCAAGAGCUACAAGAACAAGGGAUAAAGCUUACUGAUGUUGAUGAGAAGAAUGAACCUAUCGCCUUAUUAAUUGGAGCGGAUGUCGUAGGUAGACUUUUGACGGGCAGACGAAGAGAACUGAAAUGCGGACCUGUAGCUAUGGAAACAUUGCUUGGUUGGACUUUGAUGGGAAAAACAAGCAUCCAAUCGAAGCGAGAAAAAGAUACAGCUCUCAUGAUUAUAUCCAUGUUCAAUCAGGAGGCCAAUAUAGCAGAUUUAUGGAGACUGGAUACACUCGGCAUUACCGAUCCUGCUUUGAAGAAAACAAAGGAUGAGCAUCAAGCAGACGUAAAAGAGAACUUUUUGCAAACAAUCAAGUUGGAUAUUGAUGAUCGAUAUGAGGUUCUACUGCCAUGGAAAGGCCAUUUACCACUAAUUGAUAACUGGGAGGCUGCUGAACGUCGGCUUGAAUCUACUACGAAGAAACUCAAGAGUCAAGGUUAUUAUAAUAGCUAUCAAGAAGUAUUCGAUGAAUGGCUAGCAGAAGGCAUCAUUGAAAGGGUUUCUGAGGAAGAAGAAAACAGCACCACGAAGAUAAGGCCUGUAUUUUACGCUUCAGCUACUGGGAAGAAUGGAGUGUCGCUCAAUCAAUGUUUGGAAACAGGCCCUAACUUAAUUGAGCAAAUACCAAAUACAUUGCUACGUUUUAGACAAGGAAAAAUUGGAGUAAUCUCAGAUAUCCGCAAGGCCUUUUUGCAGAUAAGUAUCUCGAAAGAAGAUAGAGAUGUACUGCGAUUUCUCUGGUGGAAGAAGAACUGCUCUGAAGAGAUAGACGUGUUCAGACAUAAAAGAGUAGUCUUCGGGGUGUCAAGCAGUCCCUUUUUAUUGGCAGGGACUAUAGAGUACUACUUAGAGCAACUACUACAAGAGGUCGAAACGGAAGAAGAAAAGAUGAUUAUAUUACAGUUGUUAAAGUCAUUCUACGUGGACAACUGUGUAACCAGCGUCAAUUCGGAGGCCGAAGUACGUCGAUUCGAAGAUGUGGCGAAGAAAGUUAUGGCUAAGGGUAAAUUUGACUUACGAGGCUGGGAAUAUACCGGACAAGCCGAACCAGAGAUGACGACCUCAGUUCUCGGUCUACUGUGGAACAAAGUAGACGAUACCCUAGGGUUAGCUCCGUCGUUACUGGAACCGCGUACAACAUCACAGGUCACGAAGAGAACUAUAUUGUCGGCAGCUCAGCGACUCAUCGAGGCUAAAUCUAGAGUAGCACCAGUAGACAAAUUAACAAUUGCUCGAUUGGAAUUGCUUGCUGCCUUAAUUGGAGUUCGGUUAUGGUUCUCGAAGAAGAAUGCUUUGGAUUGCGAAGGAGAUGUCUUCUUUUGGUCAGAUUCCACUACAGUCUUGGCGUGGAUACAACGAAAUAAACCAUGGAACAUCUUCGUAGCCAAUCGAGUAAAGGAAAUACGCAGGUUGACGAAUCCCAGUCAGUGGCAUCAUGUGCCUGGGAUUAUAAAUCCUGCUGAUUUACUUUCGCGAGGAUGCAAAGCUAAACAAUUGAUAGAAUCGCGAUGGUGGGAGGGCCCGGCUUGGCUGAAGCUAUCCAGAGAACAUUGGCCUUCAAGCAAAUACGACAUAAAUGAGGCGGAGGUUGACAACGAAACAAAGAGAUUAGUACGUCGAAGUAAAGAAGAGAUCUCGUCGGACAACAUACUGGUGAACAACGCGUGCUUACCCGAAAAAGGUUGGUACAUGGGGGAGCAGUCCAAGUAUCUGAAAGUAGUAAGAGUUAUGGCAUGGAUUACUCGCUUCAUUUCCAAUUGUCGAGUCUCACGAACUUCAAGAUCUUCAAAUGAGCUGACCGCCAAAGAGUUUGCUGCUGCUGAGCUUGCAGUUUUGAAGUUAAGUCAGCAAGAAUCAUUUGAAGGUAUAGAAGAGUCAAGAUUAAGCACCUUAAACGUGUACGAAGAUGAGAGUGGGUUGAUACGACUAAAAUCACCUGUGGUCAACCGCGAAGAUAGACACGAUUUUCGACAUCCAAUAAUACUGGAUCCGAAGCAUCCGUUGGUGAAGAAAUUAAUCGAGUGCAGACAUUAA